AUAUGGUUAUUAUAGUCCGCAAGUCACGAGAGUCUUUUGAACCGUGUAAUAAUAAUUCACUAUAUUGGAUACUUCAUUGCAUCAUCUCUGUACUAAUAUCUUCACUGAAAUGAACUAUUUAAUUCACAAAUUAGGAGAGAUUUUCAGUAUCAUAAAUAAUUUAAUUAAAGAUCAUAUUAUUAUCUUAUCUGAAAAUUUCAUCGAGUUACACAAUUAAUUACACAUGAGUUACAAAAUAGUCUUCCAAAUACUAAUAUGACGUCAGAAAACAUCAAAAAAAAUAAAUCGAUUGGUGUCGAGUUUGGAAUUGGAGCUUUAGCAGCAGUAGGUGCUGGUAUAUUUACAAAUCCUAUUGAUGUAAUAAAAGUAAGACUUCAACUGCAAGGGGAAUUAGAAGCACGAGGAACGUAUAAAAAAAUUUACAAAAAUACAUUUCAUGCUGGUUAUAUAAUUGCUGUGAAUGAAGGACUAGCAGGACUUCAAUCGGGAAUUGUAUCAGCAUUGGCUUUUCAAGUUGUUCUAAAUGGAAUAAGAUUAGGAUCUUAUAAUUUUGCUAAAAAUUAUGGUUUAACUUUAAAUGAUGAUGGUCAAACAAACGUAAUAAAAACUAUAUUAAUAAGUGGAAUAGCAGGAUGUGUAGGAGCUGUUGCAGGAAGUCCAUUUUAUUUGGUAAAAACUCAAAUCCAAUCUCAAUCAGCUGCAGAAAUGUUAGCUGUUGGUUACCAACAUGGCCAUGCAAGUGAAUGGGCUGCUUUCAAAUCUCUUUGGAAAGAAGCAGGAUUUGCAGGACUUUAUAGACGAUGGUAUGCUAAUGUUCCACGAUUAUUUUUUGGAUCAGCCACUCAGUUAACAACAUUUAGCGUUGUUGGAGAUUGGUUAAAACCAUUUAGUAUCUUCGAUGAUAGACCUUUAUUUUUAACAUUCUGUUCAGCUGUAAUAGGUGGGAGUUCUGUAGCUUUGACUAUUCAACCAUUUGAUGUAGUUUGUACGCGUUUGUAUAAUCAAGCUUCUGAUGCUAGCGGACGAGGACUAUUGUAUAACAAUUUCUCUGAUGCUUUUAUAAAGAUAUUUAAAACAGAAGGAAUCACUGGCUUAUAUAAAGGCACUGUUCCCACUUGGAUAAGGAUAGCUCCACAUACUGUUUUAUGUUUAUGCUUCUAUGAUGAAUUAGAAAUACUGUAUUUUCAAUUAAUUAAAAAAUAGAUAUUUCUAUUAAUAAAAGAGACCUAACAACUUUGUAAAACUAAA